UUUAUUUUCAUCCUUACGAAACUUCUGGUCUUAUUUGGCCAAAAAUUUUCCAUCGAAUCAUUAUUGGCCUCUAUAUAUAUCAGCUCAUGAUGAUAGGAUAUCUGUCUUUAAGAAAUCGUUAUGAGAUGGCAGCCAGUUUAUUUCCUCUUCUUGUUGUUACUACCUUAUACUGGUAUUAUGUAAACGAAGCAUAUGCCCGUAUUGCUGCUUUCAUUCCGUUAAAGACUUUAAAAGAAGAAGAAAACCUCGACGACUCAUCUUUCGCGACUUCAACCCCUAAUUCUCCAAAACCUUCUGAUAACGAGUCCUCUCAAAUUACUUUCCAUAAUAUUUUUGAUAAAGGUAAAAUGAAUUCUCUAUCAGAUAUGGAAAUUUAUCGUGCGGCUCCAGACUUGUACACAGAUUAUAUUCAACCACCCAUGACCUUAUACGAUGGUGUACUCAACACUGGAAUGCGGAAUUAUGACGCCCCAGCAUUAGUGGGAAUACUCCCUUGGUUAUGGCUUCCAGUUAAAAGAGACAAAACUAAUGAAGUAAAUAAGCCUGGAUUUUUCCGUCGUUUAUUGGGUUUCAAUAAGAUUAAUCAGUCGAUUGCUGACGAAGAACAUGAACCAUUAUUAA